UUUCUCAUUCCAUUCCCCUCCCUGCAUAUAAAUAUCCACCCUCAGUGAGUAGAGUGAGUGCUGUUUUUCAUUAUCAUCUAAGUGUGAGAAAAGAAUGACAACUACUUUGUAUUCUCCGCUAUCCUCUACUCUCUCCUCCUCGUCCUCACUCCAGGAGAAGAAAUUGAGAAUCCCAAUUCAAUCAGCGAAGCCGGGUCUUAUCCUCAAGCCUCUGCGGUCGUUUCCUUCAAUCCGAGCUGCUACUGACUUCUCUUCGUCUCUUGAUACUGGUUUGAGCACCGAAUUGGAUGCCGUAACAAGUUACAGCGAGAUCGUUCCGGAUACUGUCGUUUUUGAUGAUUUUGAGAGGUUUCCUCCGACUGCUGCCACCGUUAGUUCCUCCCUAAUCUUGGGUAUCUGUAGCCUUCCUGAUACAAAGUUCAGGAGUGCUGUUGAUACUGCAUUGGCGGAUACACAGUGUUAUGGCUUGGAAAACUCCGAUGAUCGCAUGUCUUGUUUUGUCAACAAGGCCUUGGUAAAUAUUGGAGGUGAUCUUGCAAAGCUUGUGCCUGGUCGUGUUUCUACUGAAGUUGAUGCCCGUCUUGCAUACGACACACAUGCUAUUGUUGAGAAGGUGCACGACCUUUUGAAAUUGUAUCGUGGAAUUGAUGUACCUCCAGAGCGAUUGUUGUUCAAAAUCCCGUCAACUUGGCAAGGAAUUGAAGCAUCAAGGUUGCUGGAGUCAGAGGGCAUACAGACACAUAUGACUUUUGUCUACAGUUUUUGUCAAGCUGCAGCUGCAGCUCAAGCUGGUGCUUCUGUUAUUCAAAUUUUCGUGGGUCGCUUAAGGGACUGGGCACGCCACCAUAAAGGUGAUCCUGAAGUAGAAGCAGCUCUUAGGAGAGGAGAAGAUCCUGGGUUGGCUUUGGUUACAAAAGCCUACAAUUACAUUCACAAAUAUGGGCAUAAAUCCAAAUUGAUGGCGGCAGCAAUCCGUAACAAACAGGACGUCUUUAAUCUUCUAGGGGUUGAUUACAUCAUCUCCCCAUUGAAGAUAUUGCAGUCUCUGAAGGAAUCCGUGACACCCCCCGACGAGAAAUAUUCUUUAAUUAGGAGGCUCUCCCCACAAACUGCUGCCUCCUACAACUUUACCAAUGCUGAGCUGGUGAAGUGGGACCAAUAUAGCUUUGCUGAGGCUUUGGGGCCUGCAGCAGUGGAGCUUCUAAGUGCCGGAAUGGAUGGCUAUGCUAGCCAGUCAAAGCGAGUCGAAGAAUUAUUUGAAAAGAUCUGGCCACCCCCCAAUGUAUAAUGCACAUAUCAUGAAGAACCAAGAAGACCCUUGGUAUAAUAAAGGUAUCAAUGCUCACUCCAGCGCCCUAGAAUCAACCGGCAGAGGUAGAGUUUCUCAGUAGAAGCUCUAAACAUUUCUAUUUCUCAUUAGAAACUCUAAGCAUUUGCAGUGAUAACCUAGGAACUUUUGUCCUCUGAAAGCAAAAUGGUUUUUAGCUAUUUCAACGCAAAACGGAAUAUUUUGCAGAGUAAUGUCUUUAAUGUUUGUUUGUUGUUAGCUCAUUUCA